CCCUGGAAAACAUCCGGCCGGCGUUCAUCGUCACACGUCUUGGAAGUUGAUUGUGCUUUUCAGAUGCUGAGGACAAAUCCAGCGACUUCAGGAGGGUGAGGCAUUUUCUCCUUUAUUUCGCGUCACGAUUUAGGGAUGACGGCAAAAACGCAGAGAAGCUGGGAAACCUCAAAAAAAAGGGAAGAUUUCUUCUUUAAAGUCAAAAAGCCAAACGAGGUACAUGGGAGAAGACUCAAUCGACAAAAGUCCAGAAAAGCAGGUUGAGACAGAGAAACAAAGAACGAAGGGAAAGUGGCACGCGGGGACGGCUCAGGCUCGCCGGCACCGCGAUCCGACAAAGACAGAGAGAAACCGGCAAACUGACACACCUGGACGAGACACGAGUAACCGGAGGGAGAAACCGGGCUCCCGAAAACCAAACGAGCAGACGCCGCGAACACGUGACACAGGAAAACUUGACAAAACGCGAGACGAACCCGAGUGCAGCGGUACCACCCUGACCCGAGCGUGCCCUCUCAACUACUCGCCCGUGUGCGGCAGCGACGGCGUCACCUACUCCAACGAGUGCGCUCUGUGCGUCCGCAGAUUGGAAAAGAAGUCGGAUAUUGUCAUCGUGAAGGACGGCCCCUGUUGACGACAUCACAUCAUCGCCUCGUUUUCACUGUAUAACACUGUAAACGUUUGUCGAUUUUUCAUGUUGUUCCGAAAAAAAAGAGUCGACAUUUGGAGUACGUUUUAGAGUCGAGUGUUCAAGACAAAAGUGAAGAAGGAAUUUCAAUGUGAAGAUUUGUACCCAAAGGAAAUAAAGGAAGAUUGAAUGUCAAGGUACUGACGUGUCGUGCUUACUCCCGCUCGCGCUAACAUGAUUGCGCAGGCAGACGCAGACCUCCACCCUUUGACGUUUCGACCCGGUAGCAUGACGCUAACGUGAGGUUGAGGGGCUACGAGAACGACGCUCUCAUGUGGCUAACGUGGUGCCGAGUUGACUUCGGUGAGGCAAAGAGAAUCCGUGAGGUGUCCAGUCAAGCGUGACUUCCGCACUUUGUUUCUGCGUCCGCCUCCACAUUGUC